UAGAGACAGGUAGAGCACGGAUGAAGGUACCUGAUGAUGGCUCCGCCCCCAGCACUGGAGAGGACGGGGCCGAGAGCUGACAGGCCUCCGGAACACAGAGCAGCUUCAUGUGAGGUUAGACUUCAUGCUUGAUCCUUUGGUUGCAGUCAUCUCAUCUGGACUGAAGGACACAAGACCCGGAAUUAGUUGUUACUAGAUCUUCUCUACUGUGUUGCCUGAUUCUUCACGUCUACUAUGUGGCUUCAUUAGAUCAAUUUCACAAGAGGCACAUACAACGUUUAUAGAAGAUAACAACUUGUCAUCUUAUUGAAGACUGUUGUCAGUUUGGCUUAGAGAUCCUCGAGAGUUUGUUGUUGAGAACCUUAUAAUAAGUAUGUGAGACAUUGCUAUAAAAGACAAUGGUGUAAAGAUCCUUUUAAGUGUUUCUUGUUCAACAUUUUCACAUUGUUUAAUAGACAAAAUGAGUCUGGGAAGUCUUCCAGUGAUAAAAAACCUGGUUUCUCGAUCCAGGCGUGAACGGGUGCCACUGACAACAGAAAUGAUCAGUCCUCCUCUGGGUGACUUUCGGCACACAAUGCAUGUAGGACGAAAAGGAGAAGUCUUUGGGGACACCUCCUUUCUUAGCAACUGCCAUGAAAAACACAGACACACUCGUUGGAACUAUAUCACCAAAAAACUACGCCAAGCUCGAUGGAUGUCUCCUGAACCCCAAUCUCAAGGGCAUCCAAUAUUUCCCCCUCCACCUGUUUCUCCCAUUAUAAAAAAUUCAGUAUCUUUGCCAGUUAUCAGUAUGCAUCAUUGGGAUGAAGAGACAGACGGGAGCCCAGGAGAGGCCUGGAACUCUAUGGCAGAGUCACAUAGUCAUUAUGGACUAGAGUCUGGAUUUUGUACCAUGCCACGGCUCUCAUCCUCUGAGGAUCCAUCAGAGGACACCAAUUCUCAGAAACCUGAAGAAGACUGGGCCAGCUCUGGACUUCCAUAUACAGAGGAAAGCAGUGUUUGUACUGUUCCCUUGGAAUCUUUUGGCAGUCUAUAUCAUGCUGACUCCAUGCAAUCCUUGGUCAUGGACUUUGGCCCUUCACUUAUGACCGAAAUCCUAGAGGGUAUUAGCUUCUCGGAUACGCCAAAGAAAACAGAAGAAGCAAGCGUCCUACAGGAACAAAAUACAUUAUCAUCUAACCAUAGCCUGUCCAAUUUUAAUGUGACUUUGGACCAAAGGAAACCGGAAGCACAUCAAUUCCAUUGUGAUGUCCAAGGACCCAAAGGUCUUGUAAGUUGGGAACCAACCACUAUUGCCGAGGAAAUGGAGAUUGAUACAGACAGUGGGAUAACAGGAUCAGAACAGGGAAGUAGAGGUAUCACUGGGGAUCUAUAUGACUCUGGUGAUGGCUCUGAAAUAGAAAUGUAGGCAUUUCGAAACUCUUGGACAAGACAAGGCUUUGGGGAUCUUUACAUAAAUAUUCAGCAUUAUAUUUUUACCCAAUACAGUUACCAUUGUGAAUGCAUACACUAAUCUUUUUUUAUGAAUUGGAAUAAAACAUGUAUCCUAUGUAAUCUACAGCACAAGGCAUUAUGGUCACUCCACUCUGCAUUUCAUUGAAUAAGAACCAAAAAGGACAAUAUCUACCUGUAAGACUACAAAUUCUUCAGAUCAAGACCAUAUAAGAAGAAUUUGGUUUUCAUUUUUAAUACAUUAAAACACCUAGGUCAUUAAAAGAAUGCAAUAUUCUAUCUUUGUUGGAAGAACACCUUCAGCUUUAUUGUGUAGUUUAAUAGAUAAAAAUACAUAGGACAUUUACAAUCUUUACAUAGUAUGUAUAUGUGUAAGUCCAAUUACAAAAAAAGGUAUUGAAUGUUUAUGUUUCGCAAAAAUAAGUAAUUUGGAGGAGGAUACAAGUCUGCAGAGAGUCUUGAGUUAACAUGGCAGGAUGGAUGUUUGGUAUAAUAGCAGCUCAAUAAAUCAUAAGCUGUAGGAAGGCUACAAAGACACCAGUGAAUAGCAUGGAGCCCAUUUAACAUAGACCAAUUUUGUCUUUGGUUGAUUAGAUACAAAUUAUGAAUGUUCUCCGGAGAAGACAAUUUACUGUAAAUUGCCGAUAUUCAUCCUCAUAGAUGCUGAGGAGUCAGAGUUAUUUUCUCAAAGGAAUAAAGUGACAAAAACAAGAAUGAGCUAUGAAACUGCUGAAUGUAGACGUAAAAAAAGGGAUAUUUACUUGAACGAAAAUGGUUAUGUCAGAGUUAGAUGAAAGAGUCUUAAGAAAUUCCAUGUCAUUGAUGGUCUCAAUGUACAUCUACAGUAUGUAGAACAGUCAAAACAUUACAUCUGCCAAUAAAGGAAAUCUGUCAUCAGUAUCACCCGCACUGACUUGUUAUACAGGCUUGAAGUGCGGGAGACACUGAUCCAAAUGAUACUUACUUCGUCCC